AUGUUCGCCAAAGCAUUUACGCCUAACUUCUACUUGGAGCCUGUUGACAACGAGCUUCAACUUCGCAUUGGCACCCCCAGUCCUGCUGCACCAAAAGAUAAGCGAAUCCUCGUCAUUGGUGGUGGUGUUAGCGGAAUGACGUCGGCUUGGGCCUUGAUGGAUCAAGGAUAUGAUGUGACCAUACUUUCAGACCGUUGGGCAGAUCGCAAGAACCGUAUUACCUCUCAAAUCGCUGGAGCUCUAUGGGAAUAUCCUCCCGCUGUUUGUGGAAAGCACACAGAUGCGAUUUCUUUGUGUCACUCCAAGGGUUGGGCGAUGACCUCCUACAAAAUCUUCGAACAAAUCGUGACGAAGUUAGGCGAAACUGACGGCAUCGAUCACGGUGUCCGAAUGAGGAUCGCCAAUUUCUUCUUCGACACCCCUCUAGAAGCUCGUCCAGAUCAACUCGAAAAAUGGGAGGAGAUCUGUAGCUUGUCGCACACGAUCAAAGGACUCAAGCGCAGCGCAGAUCUUAUCCAACACCAUUCUGUUGACCAGAAAGCUGGGAUGAAAGAUGCCUAUCAACUGCUCUCUCCAGCUGUUGAUACCGAUGUCUAUAUGAUGUGGUUACACUUUGUUUUGAGUUGCAAAGGCGCUACCUUCGUGACCGAACGUAUCAAAGGAAGUCUGCUCGACCAGGAAGAAGAACUUCUCUCUCGCUUUGAUGCUUAUGCGAUAAUCAAUGCGACAGGUCUCUCGGCCUUGGAACUGGCUGGUGAUGAAACCGUGUACCCUCUUCGAGGAGCAAUCAUCCGGGUCAAAAAUGAUGGAACUAAAUUCCCCAAGCUCACAGAAGCUCUCGCGGUGACCCACGACGAGACGUACGGAACUGAUGAAGACAUGGUUUUCAUUGUCCCUCGAAACGACAACAUUUUGAUUUUGGGUGGUAUCACGGAACCCAAUGAGUGGAAUCUCAACUUGACUGUCGAUACGCCUGUUAUUAAACGCAUGCGCGAGCGCUGCAACGCAUUCGUCCCUGGACUUGAGAACGCUGAGUACGACGACGAGACUGACCUUCUCCAAGGUUUAAGGCCUUUCAGGGGGUCGAAUGUCAGAGUUGAGCGGGAGACCGCACCCAGGAAAGACGGAUCUCAUAGCCGCAUUGUUCACACAUACGGACAGGGAGGAUCAGGAUUUUCUUUGUCGUUUGGAUGUGCUGGAACAGUCGUUUCCUUGGUACAGGAGAUUGAAGCAUCCAAGCCACCUGCGAAGAUGGAACUUGUGAACGCUGUUUGCUAUUAA